UUCAAGUUCAGCCAGCAGCAGCAAGCACGCGCAUCCUCUGGCCAUCGUAAAAACGGGUUAAAUUGUUGUGUGUCCAACAUACGUUCUUCCCUUGCUGACCGUGCUGUGAAUGGUGCUGGGUUCUGUGCGAGGAAUUCCCAACGGUGCAGUUAUACACACAUAUUCAUCCCACAACCGCAAUCCGAGGGAUUAUACAGAGGGUUGGAAGAGUUUUCGGUCCUGGUGAUUUAGAGGGUGACACUACCCCUUUCCAUACGGCAAGUGCUGGUGCCGCGACUGUUGAUAUUGUUCCGUUAUUCCGCUGUGUGUGUUUGGGUUCUGUUUGCUUCAGUUCUUUGUUUGUUCUACGUCGCGUGAGCGAAAAACUCGGUUGCAACAAGCGGGUGGAGACGGCUGUUCUCUCGCCCCAAAAAAAAAAGAAGAAAAAGGUCGCGCCUCCAUCCCACUUCAAAACAGUGCGUGCUGCCGUCUGUCGCCGUACCGUGAAUAAGAAGAGCACAAGCGCGUUCGCGUUCGUGUACGUGAGCUCAGCGUGUGAACGAAAAGUGACAAAGAAGAUAGUCUGAAAAGCAAAGGGGAGGGUUUAUUGCCACAAGUGAAAAGCCGAAGAUAAAUAGGCAGUUGCGGCCAUUUUUACAGCCACCCAUCCGGGUUUGGGUUUUCGGUGGAAUCUUUGCGGUGCCCCGGUGUGGUGUGCCGCACAAUCCGACUGCUUUGUCGUGUGCAUAUCGGAGUCGUGUCGCGUCGCCUAAGCAAACAAUCUUAGCAAGCGGGUUAGUGAGAAGAAAACCUUCGGUUCAACCGGAAACAAUAGUUGUUGGCUGCAGGUGGCUUUUUUCUUCUUCUUCGAAGGCAGCUGCAACUCUUUCAAGCGAAAAGACAAAUCCCGUUAGAAGACCCCGCCUGCAAGUUCAUCGAGCUCUCUUCAACACCAACUUCGUCAGUCAGUGAUGUCUUCUAGCGCGGCCACGACAGCAGCUUCGUCCGAGCCAACGGCCGCCGACGAUCUCCAAAUGGCAUCACCGGCGCGUAGCGAUUCACCGUUGUCACCGAGGCCCGCCGGCGGUGGAAGCAUACCACCACCGUUGGCCAACUUCUCCGUCAUAAACUACGUUGGUAAAAGCCAGAAGCAAUCGACGGUGUGUAGGCUUUCAGGACGUAGCAGGACAGCACCGUACGGGAAGAGUAGUCCCCGGCCAUGCGUUAUCAGUGGACUGGAGCCACAAGUUGAUGAAACGACAAGCUCAUCGUCGACUUCGUCCACCAGCGAGUUCAGCUGCGGAAGUAUCAGUAACAACAGUAGCACCGUCAGCAAUAGUAACAGCAGCAGCAGUAGCAGCAGUAGCAGUGGUGCAAACAUCCACUGUGGUACCAGCUCAGAACCGAGCGAUCCGAUGGACAGUAUCGAUUCGACGGAAGAUAGCAGCAGCUUGGGUGGACACCGGGUGCGAAGUCGUCGAUCGAUGAGUGUCUCAUCGAGCGGCUGUUCCAGCUCGAUGGACGAUCGGAAUUGUGAUUUCUCACCCUUGGGAAGCAUCAUUAGCUGCCGAUGCAACUCGUACAGUAUGUCCGAUUUUGAUGACGAUGGAUUCCGCGAGGAUAGCAGCGUUUCGACCGCGUACGCAGUAUUGUCCGCCUCGCGAUCGUACCAGUCGCACCAUCCGCUGCACCAUAACCAUCAGAAUGUACCGCAUCAUCCAAACAACCACAAGGGGCUGUUCGAUAUAGCGCUGAAGACGGUACGAUUGAUCCGGCGCAAUCAGGAGCUCCAGCUACGCCUGUCCCAGCUGCAGGAGGAAACGAAUGCGUUCAUCGAAUCGGUGAUGGCCAAUCCGGAGAACGAAACGUUACGCAGCCAGUUCUACGGACCGCAGAGUAAACAGAGGAUAACAGCUCCAGUGACGGUACAAAAGUGAACAGCCAUACUCCCCACUCCCCCGCCCUGCUAGCGGGAUCUUGGUCUCAGAGAAUAGACUGCAGAGGAAAAAGGCUUCGGGAAAAAGGCUGAUUUGAAGGAGAUUCGAUCAAACGCAUCAAAUGUGUAACGCGCUACAAAUGAAGAAGAAGCUAUGAUCACACUUUCUCUCUCUCUACCUUCACUCCGAUCUGACCGGUUGCCAUCUGUAUGCAAGUAACGUUGAUCCAGUUCCUGCAACAUCUCACCAUAAACAUACUCAGUGAACGACCGGCAUCACCCCGGAUUGCCCAUCGUAUUAACGACACACAAAAGAUGCACAGCUUGGUUGAAGUAGUGCAGUCAAAGCAUACACAUAGGCCGGAACCGCGGGAAACAGGACACUAGGCUGCUAGAGUAGCACUGGCGCGUAUCAAACUUCUGCUUAUCGGUAGCAUUUGGGAGAGAUAGAAACUCCUUUCUAUAAGCAAUCAUACUACAGUCUGUUGUGAGAUCUAAGCGUAAUAUUGUGAAGGCUUUUGCUGGAUUUUGAUGCAUUUUCGGGGUGUGAAUGUAAAUGUGGUAGAUGAUAGUGUUUUUGCGAAAACAAGGUAGGCUAGGCCGGUAGGGACAGUGUAGGCACUUAACACGAGCUCAAUGUUGUUCCAAUUUGCUUGGCUCUUUACCUGUCUGCUUCCAGUGUUUAUCAAAAUCGAUCGAAUCGAACAAGUGAUAGCGUCAAAAGCAACUCACCGCAAGCUGUGCAUAACUCGUACGGAGUGAAUAGAUUUGGGGUGGUUUAUUGGCUAUUUGGCAGCUUUCCUUUGGUUAGCCAUCGAUCUUUGUUUCUCAAAAUUAAAAUACAUGCUGUUUCGUUCGCUAUCUGCA